GCCAAGAUGUCGACCGCCAUGAAUUUUGGGUCCAAGAGCUUCCAGCCGCGGGCCCCGGAGAAGGGCAGCUUCCCGCUGGAUCACUUCGGUGAAUGUAAAAGCUUCAAAGAGAAAUUCAUGAAGUGCCUCCGCGACAAUAAGUUUGAAAACGCUUUGUGCAGAAAGGAAUCAAAAGCCUAUUUAGAAUGCAGGAUGGAGAGGCAGCUGAUGGCACAGGAACCCCUGGAAAAACUGGGAUUUGGAGAUUUGAUCGGUGGAAAACCAGAGGCAAAAACCUAACUCUUAAUGGGAGGAGGACCACCAGCUGCCCCAUCUUCCAGGAUGGAGCUGUUGUGCAACCUUGUCAACUGGCAGCUUAUAGUUAGGUGCUGUGACAUAGAGGCUUCCGGAAUGCCCUCCUUGACGGAAACAGCUCAUCCUGAUGUUUUCCAGGUUGUUUUGAAAAAUUAUUGUUGGUUUUAAAUCUCAUUUUCC